AUAUCACAUAGCCUUUUGUUACUUCAACGUUCGGACAUUGACAUUUCGCUGAAGGACUUUGAGGGCUAUACCGCAUUUGAGUUGUACAAGACGGUGGAGGGCACAAAACCAUCUGUCAAUGUUUCUGGUGCCGAGCUGAACGCUACUCUCGGUCUUGGCGAUGGUGAUGAUCGUACAUAUCCCAACCAGGUGGUCAUUCCUCGCAGAGACUCUUCCGAUAGCUCCAAUAUCCAUGCCAAGUUCUUUCCACUACAAGUUCGCCAGGUCCAGACUUCCAAACUACAUACUGUCAUCGUUACAUGUGAGAAGAAGGUGAAUUUAAGACUUUGUGGAUUCGGAAGCGGAGGAUGGCUCGGGCCUGGACAACAUACCCAGUACAGCUUGACUCCGCUAUCACAGCUCAAUCAGACUAUAGUUUCUGUCCCGCUGGGGCAAGAUCACACUUUGGCUCUCACCAACACCGGUGAAGUUCUCAGCUGGGGACUGAAUCAGUUUGCACAGCUGGGUUACAUUGUCGAAACAAGUUCGAUCGCCAGCAUUGGUCGGAUUGAAGGGCCUAUCCAGUCGGCACUGAAGAAAAUUGUCGGUCAACUCAAGAAAGAAUUUGUCAGGGGUGUUGCCGCGAGCAAGACUUCGUCCGCUUGCUGGACCGUGAUGGAGGUUUUUACAUGGGGCACAAAUAACGGACAAUUAGGUUAUGAUAAGUCAGCUCAACCCAUACAGGUUCUACCUCGGAAGGUGACCAAAACCACCAAGCGCGUCACAUCUGUAUGUCUCACAGACGCCGCCAUGAUCUGUCUUCUUGUGAUGCAGGAAGUCAUUUGUGUAUGGAGUGACCAAAGCUUCAAGAUCAAGUCACAAAUACAGCCCUACCGACCUCCUCAGGCCAUCAAAGGAGCCCACGUUUCCAAAAUAAUUAACUGCGAUGAUACAGUGGCUGCCUUGUUUUCGAACGGAGAGAUCUUCCUGCUUGUGAUCCCGAUGCUGACCGAAGCAGAAGGAUCUCCUCCAUCUUCCAAAGCCUUUGUACCGCAACCGGCAUGGCCUUGAAGAAGCAGCUCAGUGCAGCCAAAGUUUGUUCUUCCCAUAUUCACUUUGGGUUCGACUGAUGCCCUGCCAGG